GUAUAAUAUUAGGUGGCAGUGCGUUGUGAAUAGCUGGAGUUGAGUUGUGUGGUCUUUUAGAGUAGGGUAUUGGUAUUAUCAGAGUAGCAGAAGCCGGAAGAGAAAAAGUUGGACAGAAAAUGGAGCAUCCAUACGUGCCGAGAGAUCUGCAACUGCCUGGAUAUGUCCCCGUCUCCCUCUCUCAGUCUACCAUUCUCACCGUCUUUGGUCUCUCUUCUCUGUUUGUCGUCUCGCUUGUCUGGCUCCUUUCCGGGAGAUGGCGCAAUUUAUCUAAUCUUGAUAGAUUGCUCAUGUGCUGGUGGGCAUUCACGGGACUGACACACAUGAUUCUUGAAGGUUAUUUUGCUUUCUCUCCUGAAUUCUACAAAGAAAAGACUGGAUUUUAUCUAGCCGAAGUUUGGAAAGAGUACAGCAAAGGUGACUCAAGAUAUGCUGGAAGGGAUACAGCAAUUGUUACUGUUGAAGGAAUAACUUCAGUUCUGGAAGGUCCACCUAGCCUUCUAGCAGUGUAUGCUAUAGCCACAGGUAAGGGAUAUAGCUACAUACUGCAGUUUGCAAUCUCCCUGGGACAGCUCUAUGGAACUCUUGUGUAUUUCAUAGCAGCUUACUUAGACGGGGAUAACUUCGCUGCAAGCCCAUUUUAUUACUAUGCAUACUAUAUUUUGGCAAAUUCCUUCUGGAUUCUGAUACCCUCACUAAUUGCUGUUCGAUGUUGGAAGAAAAUUUCCAUGGCAGUGCAGAGCCAAAGCCAGAAGAAGAACAAGGUUCGCUGAGGUAGACUGCAGAAUAUUUCUUUGUUUAACAAUUGUCUUAGUUUGUGCACUUGUGCGGGCAAUGUCGAAAUAAUUUAAGCAUUCCAGUUAAAAACAGUGACAUUGUGUUUUCUCUUUUUGAGUUUUCCAUAAAUGAAUGUUUAUUGCUUUUAAUAAAUUGAACACAUCGAGUAACAAUCUUCUUGAAUUGUAUUUGUCAUGAUGUUAUCACAGUAUAACCUCCCUGAAUGGGUGAAUAUUUCCUUGUGGAUGCAAUCACUAGCCUGCAUAGUAUUAUGAUGUGGAAGGUCUAUUACUGUAAGUUUAACUGUUAUUGGAGCUUCCUUAAGCUUACUUUGUGCCUCUAUUAUUUGUUCUUAGUAGCACAGCAAGCUAUGUUCAUUUAUCUUUUACCCAGUCUUCCCUUCUUGUUAGAAUCAAUUUGUCAUUUGGAUGCAUGUUUUUGCCUAGAUACUCUCCGAACCAUUUCCGGAGAUAGGGGUCUCAAAAUGGCAAACAACUCGGUGCUCUGCUUUGCAGUAAAGUAGCAUGCCUGGACACAUGGUGCCUUGUUUUUUUUAAAACACCUAUUUCUCUUUGUUUUCUUCCAUUUCUGGUUGUAGUGCAUCCGGAUGAAAGAUGAAUGGAUCUAUGCUCGCCAUCUUGGCGAGGGAAAAAGAACCCAUGUAAAAGAAUUGACAGUAGCCUUGAGUUUUUGUUUUUUUUCUUUUCAGUAGCUCAGUUUUUAGACACUCAGGGACAAUUAGUUCUCAAUGA